UUGAAUGCGCGGAUAUACAUUGAUUUAUGACGUUAGAGAACUAAUGUAUUUUGCAGUGAUGUCAGUGUCUCUUCUACUCUGCAGACGGGAGUGACAGGGGCAUACUGGGUAUAAUCGGGUGUGCCAGAAAUCUGCGCUGUGCGCUGGAGCGCUGCUUUCCAUCCUCACGAGCGCGUCGCACUGAGAUCUGCAGGAGCGGUGCGAAUCUCACCUCAGCAUUUCAUCUGUCAAACGACAUCACUGUGUAUUGUGUCUUAUGCACGAAUAGGAUUAAAUCGGAUGGACCGCUAGUGCGCAAUUAAGACAACAAACGAGAGGAUAUUGAUAUCUGCGUAUUGCAACAGUAAGUGCGCGUGAAUCCGAGAAGAAUGGAGACGCAAAAAUUAUGCAGUCCAAGCGUCGUCUGAAUGUGAGAGAUUCCUGUUAAACGCGACAGCAGAGGAAGAUCUUUGUAUCUUAUAAUCUCUUGCAAACAGCCUUGGGUUGUAUACGGAGUAUUGUUGCUGAUGCAUUGAAGUGCAUGCUCUUCAUGUGAGCGUAGUCAUUUCUCUUGCUGCCCCAAGUGUGUUAAUUCACCUUAAUGAGAUUGGCUGGAUGCAUAGCGACUGAAUCAGAGGGGAGCUGGAACGGAACAUCACUGGAGUCACCGACAGACUCCCACAUCUACGCUGAACAAAUCACUGUGACAUCUGGCACUAAAAGUGCUUAGUCUGUCGCGACAUCUGUGUGCUGUACUGUCUGUGGCUUGAGUUUAGGCAGCAUCCAAUUCCAGAUUGAAUCCAGAUAGGACCUGAGUCCAAGUUGAAUCAAUAAAGGACGUAAAGCAAAAGGAAUAUAUAAGACAUUUAAACUAAAUUCAGAGAGGACCCAGUCCAUAUUAAAUGACUAAAUCCAAAGAGUAUUUGAGUCUAGACUGAAUCCAAAUUGGUCUUGAAUCCAGAGAGGAACUGAUUCCAGAGUGAAUCCAGAGAGAAACUGAUUCCAGAGUGAAUCCAGAUUGACCCUGAAUCCAGAGAGGAUCUGAGUCGAGACUGAAUCCAUUUUGGGCCUGACACAAGAGAGGGACUGAUUCCAGACUAAAUCCAAUUUGAACCUGAAUCCAAAGAGGAUCAGAGCUCAUACUGAAUCCAUAUUGGACCUGAAUCCAAAGAGUAUCAGAGUCCAGACUGAAUCCAGAGAGGACUUAAAUCCAGACUGAAUCCAGAUAGAACCUAUAUCCAAGCUGAAUCCAGAGAGUCCAGGUUGAAUACAUUGGGGAUUUGAAUCCAAACUCAAUCCAUAUUGCACUGAUUCUAUCUAUGAUCCCUGGCACAUCUGCAGCAAUGCUCCCAGCCACAGAGGCAGCCAAGAUCUACCAGACCAAUUAUGUGAGGAACUCUCGUGCCAUAGGGGUCCUGUGGGCCAUCUUCACCAUCCUCUUCGCCAUUGUGAACGUGGUAUGUUUCGCUCAGCCCUACUGGAUCGGGGACGGCGUGGACACUCCACAGGCCGGCUACUUCGGCCUCUUUCACUACUGCAUAGGGAGCGGUAUGUCCCGGGACCUGACGUGCCAGGGUAGCUUCACAGAGUUUGGCUCCAUCCCAUCUGGCGCCUUCAAAGCAGCAUCCUUCUUCAUUGGGAUGUCCAUGAUGUUGGUGCUGUCCUGCAUUGGCUGCUUCGCCCUCUUCUUCUUCUGCAGUACAGCCACUGUGUAUAAGAUCUGCGGAUGGAUGCAGCUGGCAUCAGGUACGUGUCUGGUGCUGGGCUGUAUGAUUUAUCCUGAUGGAUGGGAUGCUGAUGAGGUGAAGAGAAUGUGCGGAGAAGAAACAGAUAAAUACACCAUUGGAGCAUGCUCAGUGCGCUGGGCGUACAUACUGGCCAUUAUGGGCAUCAUGGACGCCCUCAUUCUCUCCUUCUUGGCUUUCGUCUUGGGCAACAGGCAGGAUGGACUCAUGUCUGAGGAGCUGCUGGGAGACAAGACUGGAAAUGCAUAGAUGGCAAAUACACUAGGUGUUUUUGCCUUAUUGAAAAUAAAAUUAUUUAAAGUCACAAUCCAACUUUAUCCAUCAUUCUGAGCGCAGGAGACCUGAUUGCAGUGGUUUGGAAAACGUUAAAGUGAGGGACCAGAAUGAAUGAAUGAAGUCUGUAAAACUGACUGCUUUUCUUUCCAUAUCCCUUCUUUCACUUUACUUCCCUGGAAAUGCUUUUCAGCACAUCUCUAGUUUGAUUUACCCUGUUAUGUGCCACUUACAUGAUAGGGCAGCUAAUGCACCCUUUAGAAAAACCUAAGACUUGGAUGUAUAUAUAUAUAUAUAAAUAUAUAUAAAAAGUGUGAUUUCUUCUACAUCUUGUCCUCCUCUUCAGACCAGUCUAAUAAUAAUAUAAAUAUUUUGUGAAUUACUAAAAAACACGGUUCUAAUUUAGUGUAAUUUCCAAGUUGAAUUAUGGGAUGUUGACUGACACAGAGCUGCACCACAGUCAUUACUGGCCAGUGUUUCACUCUGGACCUGUAUUGGCAUGAUCGAAAACAUUUCAGCUAGAAGAACAGACACAAUCACAACCACUUCACUGAGAGCUAAUUUAAUUGCAAGUCAUCAAUCUAUCGGGUUUCAAAUGCACAAUUAUUUCACCACUGCACUCUCCGACAUUGUUUUAAAGGGAUAUGUAAACUGAGGAGGUGAGAAUUCACUGUUAAUAUAAUUUAAAAAAAAUGAAGUGUCAAAAUUAGGGGCCGGAAUCUCUGCCAUUAGUAAUUGUGCACAAGCCAAGUAUAUACUGAAUUAGGAGAGUGUUUUAAAAAGUAAUAUGCAUCAAGUGUACACGUUGAAUAUCUGUAUGUCUCGAUUUCGAUAUUUCCUUCUUUGCAGUGUUGGUGCUGUAUAGUUAUGUGUGCCAUAUUUAAGAUGUCCUGAGCUGGUACCAUUUUGUACUCUUGGUAUAGUAAUUUCUCCCACCGAGAAGAAAACCCCAACAGCCUAGAAUCACCAAUCUUAAAGAAAACGUCAUGAGAAAACCUGGAGGAUGUGGUUUCAAAUAGUAAAACCUACAGGAAAUGACUUCACUGUGUACCUGUUGCCACUCCCUCAGUCUAGGACUGCUUUUGGGAGAUUUUGGACGAUACUGGAAGUUCUGAAUGUAAAGAAAAUUGCAAGAAGAAAAAAUUAUUUGCUUUAUUUAUUGGGUGUCUGUCUUGUCAGUUGAUGUUGUAUGUAGGAAAUAAUGUAAAUACACCAUUAAACAUGUAUUAGUUACAAAGAUUCAUUUAACACAAUUCACCCAGAUAUAAAUGAAUAAAGAUUUUACCUCUAC